AUGGACAUCCUUCAAGCGUGCGAAGAUCUUGCUAAUAACAUCGCCUCAUUUAAUGCCUCCGAAUGCUCCGACGCUGAGAUUCCUAAGGAGCAAAUACAGCGAUGGCAGCAUCUCUUUGGUUUUACAGAAGAGGAAGCCAUCAAGGAACUCCGCAGCUGGAGGGCCGACUUUGGACGCACUUCCAUCCCCCUCUUGGCUUGGCAGGAGAUCGACCAGGAGAAGAAAAGUCUGGGGUACAAUAAGGAAGCGUAUGAAUAUAGCUUGUCUUCCCGAUGGCUAUCCCGCCAAGCCAAGGCACAGAACCAUUCUUCUUCUUCUUCCAACACUCACACACAGAGUAUAUACCUCGUGAAGCUAGAAGGCAGCGUUCCCGACGCCGCCGCUCUUCAGCGUCUUGCAGGGCUCCCGAUCCUCCCGGAAAUCAAAACGGGCUAUGGAGAUACGACCGAAUUAUUCGCCGUCGUUAACGGGAAGGACAAAGAGAAACUCCUCGCAAACCUACCAAUGGGCAGCUCAACAACCAUUAUCUCCAUCUCGAGGGCCUGCAAGGAUCUAUCCCGCCAAUCAGCUUAUCCAACUUUGGGCCUGGACACCACUUUACCACAAAAUAGACCUUCUUCUCCCAUCCCUACUCACCAAACCCCCCAGCCAGCUAACGAAGACUACCCCGUGUGGUAUUUCUUCUACGGCACCUUAGCAGAUGGAGAUCGUUUAGGCCGACUGCUAGGUCCCAAUCACCCUGUCUCCCUCACACCAGCAUGGACUACAGGUGGGCGCCUUGGGACGUGGGCAGGUAAAUACAAAGCCCUUGUGGACGACUUUGGCGGAGGAAAGGUUCAUGGACAUGGGUUCUUAGUACAGGACAAAGAGGCAGAGGAUGCCCUUCGAUACUACGAAACGGGCGCGUACGAGGUGGUGAGAUGUGAUAUUUACCUAGAGACCCCCGAAGGUGGGAAUAUGAUCAAAGGUCUGACUUUUCGGUACAUCGGUGGCAACCUGGAAGAAGAAUGGGCUCUAUGA